CUUCCCUGCUGGCCGCGUCACGAUUGGUCUUGUCUUCAGUAACAGAAAGAGGAGAAAGAAACAGGAAGUGCGCGAGGCUGAUAACGGUGAGGCUUCUCCGUACAUAGGGGCGGUGAGUGCAUGUGCCCAGCCCAUCAUUGUGUCUUCCUGCUUCUUUGUCCAGCAGAUGCAGCGUGAGGUCUGAGGAGGACAAGGCAGGAGCUUCCCUGAUCCGCUGGAGACCUGACCAGUAGUGGAGACAUGGAUCCUUGUCCCAGAUAAUGUCCGGCAGUGGACAUGAAGAGGAGGAUGGAGAGAAGCCGGAUUCCUGUUCUUGCCGCUGCAACAUGUCCAACGUUCUAGAUGAUUGUGCUUGCUUGGGUUGCAUUUUACGCUAGCAGAAGCCUCGUGCAAGGUUUUCUGUUGCACUUUGGGCACCAUACAGUUCAUGUAAAUGAACAUUCGGGGACCAGUAACAUGGGGAACAACUGUGUGUGCAGAGAAGACAGUGACGUGGAGGACAAUGUAGACUCCCCCAGUCAGCAAACUGAAAACCGCAUUGCACCUGCCAGUGAAUCUAGAAACCGCCCAAGAGAUCCAGUAAGACCUCCUAGGAGGGGAAGGGGACCACACGAGCCACGGAGGAAAAAGCCGAAUGUGGACGGCCUGGUGCUGGAUACUUUGGCCGUCAUCAGGACUCUUGUGGACAAUGACCAGGAGCCCCCCUAUUCUAUGAUCACUUUGCAUGAAAUGGCAGAAACAGAUAAUGGCUGGCUGGAUGUGGUGCAGUCCCUCAUUAGAGUCAUUCCAUUAGAAGAUCCCUUGGGUCCAGCUGUCAUUACGUUGCUACUGGAUGAAUGUCCGCUGCCAACAAAAGAUGCCCUGCAGAAGCUGACAGAGAAAUUAAACCUAAGUGCGGCCACAGCGAUCCAAGACUCCAGUAAUCCCGCCAAACACCGUAACACAACUGCUGUAUUGGGAUGCUUGGCUGAGAAGCUGGCAGGUCCUGCUAGUAUCUCUCUGCUUAGUCCCGGGAUUUUGGAGUAUUUGUUAGAAAGCUUGAAUUUCAGGUUCCAUCCCAUGGUCAUUCUGUUUGCACUGAUUGCACUGGAGAAGUUUUCACAAACAAGUGAAAAUAAAAUGACUGUUUCUGAGUCUCAGAUCAGCGAUCGUCUUCUUCUGCUCGAGACGUGGACCAAUAACGGAGAUUUCUUGAAGCGUCAGGUUGGCUUCUGCGCCCAGUGGAGUUUAGACAAUUUGUUCAUAAAAGAAGGGAGGCAGCUGACCUAUGAGAAAGCGGAUUUGACGCCCAUUAACGCCAUGCUGAACAGCAAUGAUGUGAGCGAGUACCUCAAGAUUUCCCCGUAUGGAUUAGAAGCUCGGUGUGAUGCUUCCUCCUUUGAGAGCGUUCGCUGCACAUUCUGUGUAGACUCUGGUGUCUGGUAUUAUGAAGUAACUGUCAUUACCUCUGGAGUUAUGCAGAUCGGGUGGGCGACUAAAGACAGCAAAUUCCUCAAUCAUGAAGGAUACGGCAUUGGGGAUGAUGAGUAUUCGUGUGCGUAUGAUGGCUGCAGGCAGCUGAUCUGGUAUAAUGCGAAAAGUAAACCUCACCAACAUCCUUGCUGGAAAGAAGGAGACACUGUCGGCUUUUUACUGGAUUUACAUAAAAAGUUGAUGAUCUUUUCUCUUAACGGGAACCAACUUCCACCCGAGAAGCAAGUUUUCUCAUCCGCCACGUCCGGGUUUUUUGCUGCAGCAAGCUUCAUGUCUUAUCAGCAGUGCGAGUUUAAUUUUGGAGCCAAGCCCUUUAAAUAUCCACCUGCAAAUAAAUUUAGCACUUUUAACGAAUACGCCGUUUUGGCUCCUGAAGAAAAGGUCAUUCUGCCAAGGCACAGACGCUUAGCACUGUUGAAACAAGUCAGCAUUCAGGAGAACUGUUGUACGCUGUGCUGUGAUGAGGUGGCAGACACAGAACUGAAGCCUUGUGGACACAGUGAUCUCUGUAUGGAGUGCGCUCUUCAGCUGGAGACUUGUCCAUUGUGUCGACAAGAGAUAAAGACUCGCGUCCGCCAAAUUUCCCACAUCUCCUGACCACUGUGGAGUAAACGCAGGAAGAUAUUCUUUGCAACUUUUUUUUUUUUUUUUUUUAAUGAACGAGACACUGUCUAAAAGCAAACAUUUGCAAGUCUUUUGUAUUGGCUUCCGAUGAGAGAAAAUGGCCAUAUCUUAUAAAUGGCAAUGUGCGAAUGACGAGGAGCUCCGUAUAUUGCUCUCACCUAGACCGGAGCGCGGAGGAGGCAGUAAAUGCAUCUGUUUGUACAUUACAUUCAUCCUUUAAAGGUACUUGUGGGACUGGACCAUCCACUUUUGGGGAAAAACAUGCCCUUGUUGGAUAGCCGUGGCCGCAGUAAUGUAAUCUCGCCAGCGGGCACCUGAAAUGUUAUGUUGGCACGUUUCUUUGCUCCAUUUAUUUUUGGAAAAGGGUUUGCACUAGUUAUGCAUCGAUGUAUUUGCAAAAACUGUAACUAAUUGUACCAUACUGCAAAGUGUCUAUUUUUUCCAGACAAAAUACAGUAUUUGACCAUUGUUUUCUAUCCCUGUGGCCUUCUGCUGGUCAGUCAUUUUCCUUAUAAACUGUGGACUGCGAGUUAUUUGUUACGACGAUGUAAAUCAACCUUUUUAGGGCUUAAUUUAUAUUCCAAAGAACAUUUGGUCAAGACACAGGAUUCAUGCAAUACGCAGAUGUAAAUGUACAGAGUUUUGUAACGUGUGCACAGUAGGAUUGGCAAGUCUUUUACUAUAUUUAUAAUUUGAUACGACCAGGUUGACCGCGCGACCAAUUCUGUCCCGUGGAGACUGACCUUCAGCACGCCAGCUGUUUCCAAACGACUACAUCCACCAUCAUGCUGCGAAGGCAGAGCGAGUGGCUUGUUCACAGCUGGAUUGUUAAAGUUUCUGUUUCUCAACUGUUGAUAAUAAAGGAAAGGAAGUUUGUACAGAGGAAACGUUCUGUAGGUGGAGAAGUGGCAGAAUUUAAUGUUGUAAUCUUGUACCUGUUGUACCAGAGCUUUCGAGCUCUGCCCUAAUAAUAUAAGUGGCCGAAUGUCAAGUAAAGAUUUUACAAAGUCAA